AUGGUGUUGUUGAAACUGCAUAACACAUCGUCACUUGAUAACAAAAGAGGCAAUAUCUACUGCCAUGUGUUAGCCAGAGAAUACAGCGAGAAAUCAAGUCAUCGGCGAAUUCAUCACAUCCUCGGAAACCUGAUUAUUAGUGGCAGGCGCACGUUCCAAAAAUCCUGGUCGCAGAGGUCAAAGAAACAUAUAGCCUGCGACGGACGGUUUGCAUUUUUUGAUAACUACCAGAACUGUAUAGACUGUGGAAGCCCCUUCCCAGGUCCACGUUUAAAGUUUUCUGUGCAGAGAAGCCAACCAGGCAAAAUUGAGGAUGCUCUUAUCAUGGAAGGAUAUCCAGAAACCCUGAGCCUUGCAAACAAAGGCUACAGAAGCAGCUUGUUCGCUCUGGUCAAGGGAAAUGUUCUUCUGAGGCUGGACAUGCAGGAUGGCCGGAUACUGGACGAGGUGUUUGUUGCUCCUCCUUCUGUCAGAUACAAAAGGAUUCAGUGGAAUGUCGCUGAAGAAAGUUUCGCCUUGUGUUCCACGUUAACCCAGACUCGGCCAGCUCAUCUUUUGAGACAGACUGGCCAGGAAGUUAUGCAUUUAACGAUCAUGUCCUGCAUGCCGCUGGAGUUUGUAUGCCAGUUUGCCAUCACCCGAAAGGUGUUUGGCAGAGAUGCAGUUGAAGCAUCAGUCUUUCUAAACAUCCUGAUGGUGAUGCAUUCCACAAACUACGUUCGCAUGUAUAGUCUCGAGAGGAUAUUGGACAAGAGCAAGAUGGAUGGCUACACGCUGUACCAGGAGUUUAAAGAUGGCAGUAGACACGGAGUACAUCCUUGUCACUUGAAACACAACAUCACGCUGAAAGAGCCGCCACCUUGCCUGUUUGAAGUGCGAUGUCGGAACCGUGAUGUAAUGAUUACCAUGCCCCCCUGUUACUACGUCAUGUGGCCGAUAGGAAAGGCCAACGGCUACUGCUGCUACUCCUUCCAGACACGCCAAAUUGUGGAGGGAGGUCUUCUGGAGGCGGAAGAAUGUGAAUUUGAAGAGCGAGUUUCUCUGCAUGCCGACGACUCUGGCAGAAUUGUUCACAUGAAAAAUUCACAGCUGAGGUUGUUGAAACUGGCAGCAGGAAGUGGUGGCAAUGAACAUCGCUUGGUGGAGGACUUUGUGAUUGACUUUAGUCCGGUGCCAAAGUCUCCAGUUGUGAGAGUGUCACAGUCCGGGAGGGUGAUCAAACAGAGGGUCAUUGAGGACUGCAACACGUUGGUGGACAGGGUAGUACUGACCAUGACGUACUGUGACGACCUGGAAAUGAUCAUCGUGGUGUCCACCAGGGAUCAGAACAGUAAAUGUGACUUGUACCAUCUCUUGAUGGCCGGCUUCUACGACAACUGGAGCGGUCAGUUGCUGCAUCAGUUUGUGCUGGACAAGUCUGUUUCUGAGACGCUGGAGAACUCUGUAUGCAUCAGUUUAGACACCCUGACCCACAUCUGUAAAACUAACAAGGGCGGGUUUGAGUGUCACGUCUACAAAUUACUGCCCCUGAUGGAUAUUCUGGACGAGUGGGGGAUUAGUAAUCAAAAAGGCCUCAAGGGACUGAGAACUGAAUCAGCCAGGGAGAUGUCAUGCAGGCAGAGACAUCACAGAUAA